CCAUCCCCUUCUCUCUCCUUUCUCUCUACCCUCUUCACCUAGCCCCUUCUUAAAUUCCAAAAAAAUGGAUGAUCUUCUUCUCUUCUUCAUCUUCCUCUUCCCUUCUCCAUCCCUUUUUUCUCUACAUUUUUAUAUUAAUUUUUUUCAUUAGUUGCACAAAAUCAGUUUAUUCAUGUUAUUUCAUUUUUUUUGAAAUUGCAUGUAAAUUGAUCACACAUACAACUAUAUCAUUCAUUUGAAUGUAUAUAGACAAUUGAAUUUUUUGUUCACUCAGAUAAUUAAAAUUGAUCACAAAGAUAACUAAAGUAGAUCACACAGACAAUUAUUGUCUAUGUGGUAAAUAUUGUCUGUGCGCACAAGAAAUUAAUUGCCUAUGCACAGGUAAAUGUUAGUUUUGUCCGUGCACACAAUACUACACACAUAUAGAUGGAUUUAAUGUUAGUUUUGUCCUGUAAUUUUUUAUGCGAAAAUUAAGUUUGUUGGACACAGACAAAUGUUAAACAGUGUAAUGACUAUGAGCACUUCGACCGAAAUAGCUCAAUGCCAGUCAAAAUCGCAAUUUAUAUCGUGAGAUCGGUCUACCACACGCACGGUGUGCCGAUCCCAAACGACGUCGCUUUAUUGAUUAAAAAUAAGUGCAUCGAUAGAUCGCAGUUGCCAGAGUACCGACAUAGGCAUCUCCAUCGCCGGAACAAUAAAUUUUUUCCCAUCUCCAACCACCUACGGGCAGCAGUACAUAUAAGGUGCACGUAAGGAGACGAGAAAUUACCGGCACCCGCAGGCGUAUACUCAUUUGAGUUUAAUAUAAAACUCAUUUGAGAUCAGUUGUAGCACAGAUUUCUCAGCAAUGAAUUACUCCCUUUGUCUCCCAAAAUCACAAGCUCAAAUAGCAAAACUGCGUCAGAAAAAGAGAAAAAGAAAAAGAGUGGAAAGAAAGACAGAGAGGGAGAAGUAACUACACCGGAGCCGAAGCCGCUACGUUUGUGCCAGAAGAGAAGGGGGGAGUGGUGAGAGGCGGCGACGAGCAACGUGCUCAAGGAGAAGGGGAUGAACGUUGGCGACAGUGAACCUGGUGCGAAGUCAAAUCGAAGAAACAAGCAAAAUCGGAGAAAUCUGGUGUAGAGCUUUGUGGGAAGCCAGAGCGUAGAAGCCUGGUGCGAAGGCCAUGUUGAAGAAGCACAUAAGUGUAAUAAAGUUCGUCCGCACGGUACAGCCGGAUGUAUGAUGUAUUUUACCAAUAUUUUACUCAUGUAAUAUACUAGUACCUAGUAAUCUAGUAUUCCCUCCGUCCCGGUCAUUUCUUUCAAUUUUCCUUUUUGGGCCGUCCCAAUUAAUUUUUCCAACUUUCACUUUUGGAAAUAAUAUGUGAUUCACAUUCAUUCAAUUUUUUCUUACACAAAUACAACAAUACAUUUUCACUUUAUUCCCACUACUUAAAUUUGCGAUAUCGGUCAAAACCCGAAGAAAUGAUCUGGAAGGAGGGAGUAUGAAUUAGAGUUAAUUCUGAUUUUCUGUGGCCGCCAUUUUAGAGUUUUCUGAAGAUUCUCCGCCGUCAAUGGAGGAAGCAAUCCGGAACCUGUGGGAAGAAGUGAGGGAUCUGAGCCUAGGAACAACCUCUCAAAUUGAUCACCUCCCCUCUCCCCCUACCCCUCUUCAAUUUCUCCGCGACUACGUUUCCCCCAAUAAACCUUGCCUCAUAUCCAACGCCGUCAACCACUGGCCCGCCACCGCUCUCUGGCACUCCACCCGUUACCUCCUCGACUCCCUCUCUUCCUCCACUGUCUCCCUCCACCUUACCCCGACCGGCCGUGCGGACUCCGUUACCUCUCUUCCCACCUCCCCUUCAUCCCUCUGCUUCGCCUCCGCCCAUGUCGAAAGACUCUCUUUCCCUGACGCUCUACAGUCGGUUCUUCAAUCCGAAGGCCGUUCAUCUGUUGCUUACCUGCAGCAACAGAACGAUUGUUUCCGUUCGGAAUAUGAAGAACUCCGUCAGGACUGCGAUUCCCAUAUCUCGUGGGCAAGCGAUGCCCUAGGAUGCCUUCCCGAUGCCGUGAACCUCUGGAUAGGGAAUGAUCUGUCUGAGACUUCUUUCCAUAAAGACCAUUAUGAGAAUCUCUACGCAGUGAUUACUGGGGAGAAGCAUUUUCUUCUGCUUCCUCCUACAGACGUCCACAGGAUGUAUAUUAGAGAGUAUCCGGCUGCUCAAUAUCACUAUUCUCAGGAGAGCAGGGAGUUUUCGUUGGAACUCGAGGAUCCAGUUAGGUAUGUGCCCUGGAGCAGUGUGAAUCCAUAUCCCUCACCUGAUUUGAAGGAGAAAGAAAUAGCAGAGUUUCCUCUGUAUUUUAAUGGUCCUAAGCCAUUUGAAGUCACAGUAAAGGCUGGGGAGGUUCUUUAUUUGCCAAGUAUGUGGUUUCAUCAUGUUAGACAAAGUCCAGACAGAAGAGGACUCACAAUUGCAAUAAACUACUGGUAUGAUAUGCAGUUUGAUGUCAAAUAUGCUUACUUCAACUUUCUGCAUUCCUUAGCUUCUUCAAAACACAAUUGUCAAAUAUCCUGUUGCAGAGUUUGCACAGAAUCAUGCUCGUGUACAUCUGCAAGUAUUUCAGAAGAUGAAUCCACAAUCUCUGCUCGUGUCAUGCAUAAAUCUUAACGAAAUAGAUGACAGGUAACAACUAACAAGUGAGAAAUUGUAAAUGUGGCUUCUGAUCCUGUGGUCUGUCAUCUAUGAGAGGGCAUGCAAGAAACUAGAACAGAGUUUUGCAAAUUGUCUAUUUGUCGAGGUAAUGGUGAAUUAGACUUCAAUUUACUAGGCUUGAGCAAGGUAAAGUUUAUCUUAGAUUUACCCAAACUGCGAAAGACUUUUCUGACUAAUCUUCAAAGUACCAUGAUGCCCAGGUUCUAGGAUGAGGCUCGCGAUUAAUGCUAAAGUCAUUUGUAUUUUCACCACAUCAGUGUAAGUUAAGUGGAUAAGAUUAUUUGGUGUCCAUAACAAAGGUUUUUAAAGAUUAUAUUUUAAAGAUUAUAGAUUCUAUUGAUUUUCAUAUCCUAUUGGUGCAAUACUUUAUC